AUGAACUCCCCAGACGAUGCUACGGCCUCUGUCAACACCUCAGAUACACACGCUAGCUCUACCAACUCCUACCCGCUUCGCCCCAGCGACCGCCGCGGCUUUGAGAUAGCUAUUAUUUGUGCAUUGACCCUCGAAGCAGAUGCUAUCGAAGCCUUGUUCGAUCGUCACUGGGAAGAUGACGGUCCGCCUUUUGAUAAGGAGCCAGGCGACCCUAAUGCAUACUCAACGGGGGUGAUCGGCCGUUUCAACGUUGUCCUCGCACAUAUGCCGGGAAUGGGCAAAGUCAAUGCCGCUACUGUCGCUGCCAACUGCGGGAAAAGCUUUCCAAGCAUCAAGCUUGCUCUGGUGGUCGGUAUCUGUGGUGUCGUUCCGUUCAGCCCUACCAAGGACGAGAUCAUCCUGGGCGAUGUCAUCAUCAGCAACGGGGUCAUCCAGUAUGAUUUUGGCCGACAGUUUCCCGAGUGCCUGGUCCGUAAGGAUACGUUACUGGAUGUCCCUGGCAGACCCAACCUGGAGAUCCGGGGAAUCUUAACAAAGCUGCAAGGUAUCCGACACCGCCGCCAAUUAAGCGCUAAGAUCGAAAGCUUUCUAGAUAUUCUCCGUCAGGAUCCGGAGCUUCACGCUGAGUAUCCUGGAUCUAUCGAAGAUAUGCUCUUUGAGGCUACCUACCGCCACGCGGAUGAUCGGAGGUCAUGUGAGCAGGCUAGAUGCACAGGCGCCCUAGUCAAGAGAAACCGACUGUCGACUACAGAUAUUCAUCCAAAACCUGCUGUCCAUUUUGGUUUGAUGGCUUCUGCAGAUACAGUUAUGAAGUCAGGCGAAGAUCGUGACCGCAUAGCCUCAACAGAAGACGUUAUUGCCUUUGAGAUGGAAGGCGCUGGCGUUUGGGAUAGCUUCCCCUGUAUUAUUAUCAAGGGCGGUUGUGAUUAUGCUGAUAGUCACAAAAACAAGGUUUGGCAACGGUAUGCAGCAGCCACAGCUGCAGCUUGCGCGAAGGCUUUUCUGGGCUUUUGGACCCCGUCAAUUACUCAAGAUGUCGCGUAUCUGACUGCAAACCUCAAGAGACGCUGCUCAUUAGCAGACCGAGAAUAUAUUGAGCAGAGAAAAAGGCUCGCCGAAGAGCCCACGACAGAAUCUAAGAGUCACUACCUACCGCUGCCGAGGAAUAAGAACUUUACUGGUCGCGAGGGAACAAUCGCUGAGCUUCAAAAACUUCUCUUCACUGACCCCAAUGGCCAGCGAGUCGCUUUGGUCGGUUUGGGCGGCGUUGGUAAGACACAAAUUGCUCUUCAGCUUGCACAUCUUGUGAAGAAAGAAGAACAGGCAGACCGUAGCUACUCUGUCAUAUGGAUGCCCGCGUUGAGCAUGGCGAGUUUCGAACAAGCCUGUACCAAGAUGAUCAGCGAGUUUGGCAUCGAGCAGACAAAUGACGAGAACGCCAAGGAAACUUUUAGGAAGUUUCUAAGCUCAGAAAAAGCCGGCAAUUGGUUUCUUAUCAUCGAUAAUGCAGAUAACAUCGAGACUCUGUACGGAACGGCCGAGGCCCCGGGAGGCAUCGACGAGUUCAUACCAGACUGCGAGCACGGUUGCAUUUUGUACACAACCCGAUCUCGUGAGGUUGCUGUUAGCGUGGCGCAGAAUAAUGUCGUUAAGCUAUCAGAAAUGGAUGAUGAGGAUGCGAAGGCCCUCUUAAAGAGUUCAUUGAUUGAAAAGGGCCAGAUGGAGGACACUGUUCUUAUCGACAAGCUCCUACAUAAGCUUGCCUAUCUACCUCUUGCUAUCACCCAAGCUUCAGCAUAUAUGAAAGUUAAUGAGAUCUCAGUCAACGAAUAUCUCAACCUCCUCCAAAAUACCAAUCAGGAUAUGGUGGAACUGCUCAGUUGUGGGUUCCGUGAUAAAACUCACUACGACUCUUCCCAAGGCGCGGUUGCUACCACCUGGAUUGUGUCCUUCAAACAAAUCCGCGCUCUCCACGAAGACGCCGCAACACUUCUAUCAAUCACGGCCUAUCUUGAACCAAAGGCUAUACCUCGUGCCUUAUUACCGCCCCUUGGCUCAGAUCAAAAGAUGACUCGUGCUAUUGGUACGCUUUGCGGAUACAGCUUCUUGAGUAAACGAGAAGAUGGAGAGACGUUUGACAUGCAUAGUCUCGUUCACCUUGCCAUAAAAAGAUGGAAUGAAGGAGAGGGACUUGAGGCAGGAACACGACAGAUGGCAUUCGCACAUAUUGCUGAGACUUUCCCAUACAACAACUGGGAGGAUCGUGAGCUAUGGCGACAGUAUAUGCCACAUGCACUUAGACUCCUAACAAGCACAGAUGAUGCCAGUCCUGGAGACAGAUGCCUACUCGGAGAUAAGGUUGGCCGAUGCUUGCUCAUUGACGGACGGACAAAACAGGCAGUGCAUAUCCUUGAGUCUGUGGUUGAGAUCGGCAGGGCAACUUUGGCAGAGAAUGACAGUGACCGACUGACAGGAGAGCAUCGUCUUGCAACGGCAUAUAGAUUUAACGGGCAAACAAAACAGGCAACUGGACUGCUUGAACAUGUGGUUGCAAUGAGAGCAAACUUAGCAGAGAAUGACCCGGAUCGACUGGCAUCACAACAACAGCUUGCAGCAGAGUAUAUGAGUAGCAGGCAGACUAAACAAGCAAUUGAAAUGCUUGAGCAUGUGGUUGCAAUGAGAGCAAACUUAGCAGAGAAUGACUCGGAUCGACUGGCAUCACAACAACAGCUUGGACGCGCAUAUAGAGUUGACGGAAGAAUAAAAGAGGCAAUUGAAAUGCUUGAGCAUGUGGUUGCAGUUCAUGGAGAGACAUUGCCAGAGAAUCAUCCCUAUCGGCUGGCAUCAGAACAACAGCUUGCACGCGCAUAUAGAGUUGACGGAAGAAUAAAAGAGGCAAUUGAAAUGCUUGAACAUGUGGUUGCAGUUCAUGCAGAGACAUUGCCAGAGAAUCACCCCUAUCGGCUGGCAUCAGAACAUGAACUUGGGGUAGUAUACCAAGAGAAUGGGCAAGCAAAAGAGGCAAUUGAACUGCUUGAACACGUGGUUGCGGUCCGCGCAGGUGUACUGUCAGGGGACAAUCCUGAUCGGCUGUCAUCAGAACUUGCACUUGGAAUAACAUACCAACAGAACGGUCAAACAAAAGCGGCAAUCGAACUGCUUGAGCAUGUGGUUACAGUCAAGACGGCUGUACUGUCAGAGGACCAUCCUGAACGGCUUUCAUCAGAACACGCACUUGGAGUGUGUUACCAAAAGAAUGGGCAAACAAAAGAGGCAGUUGAACUGCUUGAACAUGUGGUUUCAGUUCGAAAGAUUGUACUAUCGGAGGACCAUCCUAGUCGGCAGCUAUCAAUAAAGUGGCUGCAGUACUGCUAUGAUAGCUUAGAGGAGAUUGGCGUUCCAGCAGAGUCAGACGGCUGGGAAAUUGUUGAUGAAAUGUAA